CCUCCACAGGGUUUCUCUGAAUCACCUGACCUGGAGUUUGAUUAUUCUGAUAGUGAUAAAUGGGCAGCAGAACUUUCAGAACUGUAUAGCUAUACAGAGGGCCCUGAGCUUCACCUAAAUCGGAAAUGCUUUGAAGAAGAAUUCAAGACUCAUGUGAAAGACAAGAAAUGGACUGAAGUGGAUAUCUCAGAGCAUCAGACACAUGCCAUGAGAUUGCUGGAUGGCCUGGAGGUAACUGCCAGGGAGAAAAGGCUGAAAGUGGCUCGUGCUAUACUUUAUAUGGCACAAGGUACUUUUGGUGAAUGUAACUCUGAAGACGAGGUCCAGCAAUGGAUGAGAUAUAAUAUAUUUCUGCUGCUUGAAGUUGGCACCUUUACUGCAUUGGUGGAACUACUCAGCAUGGAGAUUGACAACAGUGCGGCAUGUAGUAAUGCAGUGAGAAAGCCGGCAAUCUCUUUGGCUGACAGUACAGAUCUAAGAGUGCUACUGAACAUAAUGUACCUGAUGGUGGAGACAAUCCGUCAGGAAACAGAAGAGGAUAAUCUGGAAUGGAGGGCAAUGAGGGAGACCUUCAGAACAGACCUAGGUGUAUCCCUGUACAACAAUGAACCAUUUUCAGUUAUGCUAUUUGGGAUGGUGACCAAAUUCUGCAGUGGUCAUGCUCCCCAUUUCCCUAUGAAGAAGGUUCUCUUGUUGCUUUGGAAAACUGUAUUGCUAUCGCUAGGAGGCUUUGAAGACUUGCAGGUUCUUAAAGUGAAGAAACGUGAGGCACUUGGUCUGCCACCACUCCCUGAAGACAGCAUCAAAGUGAUCCGUAACAUGAGAGCUGCCUCACCACCAGCAUCUGCCUCUGACCUAAUAGAGCAGCAGCAGAAACGGGCUCGCCGAGAGCACAAGGCACUGAUGAAGCAGGAUAAUUUGGAUGCUUAUAAUGAGAAAGACCCGUACAAAACAGAUGAUCCUCGUGAGGAUGAUGAUGAGAAUGAUGAUAACGAUAACUCAAUUGAGGCUGAAACAUUUUCUUUAGAAAGGGAAGAGGUUUUGCCACCAGCGCUCCCACAUGCUACUGUUGAACGAUUAUCACUCCCAAAGGGACUGCCUUGGGCCCCAAAAGUGAGAGAAAAAGACAUUGAAACGUUUUUGGAAUCCAGCAGGAGUAAGUUCAUCGGUUAUACUUUAGGCAAUGACACGGAUACCAUUGUUGGAUUACCACGGCCCAUUCACGAAAGUAUAAAAACUCUUAAGCAGCACAAGUACAUUUCAAUAUCUGAGAUUCAGAUAAAGAAGGAAGAGGAAUAUUUGAAAAAGCCACUCUCAGCGGGAGAUGAAGAGUUUGACCUGACACCUGCCGAAAUUCUAUACCAGGGUAUACUACCCAGUCUGCCUCAAUACAUGAUUGCUUUACUGAAGAUCCUUCUGGCUGCAGCCCCAACCUCAAAAGCAAAGACUGACUCAAUCAAUAUUCUUGCGGAUGUCUUACCAGAAGAAAUGCCUACCACCGUGCUACAGAGUAUGAAACUGGGAGUUGAUGUCAACAGGCACAAAGAGAUCAUCGUAAAAGCAAUUUCUGCUGUCUUGUUAUUGUUACUUAAGCAUUUCAAACUCAACCACAUCUAUCAAUUUGAAUACAUGGCACAGCACCUGGUCUUUGCCAAUUGCAUUCCACUCAUUUUAAAGUUUUUCAAUCAGAACAUCAUGUCCUACAUUACAGCAAAGAACAGUAUUUCGGUUCUGGAUUUCCCAUACUGUGUUGUACAUGAACUCCCUGAACUGACGGCAGAGAGCUUGGAAACAGGUGAUAAUAACCAGUUCUGCUGGAGGAAUCUCUUUUCAUGCAUAAACCUCCUUCGAAUCCUCAAUAAACUGACCAAAUGGAAACAUUCAAGGACAAUGAUGCUGGUAGUAUUUAAGUCAGCUCCAAUCCUGAAACGAGCACUCAAAGUGAAACAAGCCAUGAUGCAGUUAUAUGUUCUGAAGUUGCUGAAGGUACAGACCAAAUACUUAGGUCGGCAAUGGCGGAAGAGCAACAUGAAGACAAUGUCUGCAAUCUAUCAGAAGGUGCGCCAUCGACUGAAUGAUGACUGGGCUUAUGGGAAUGAUCUUGACGCCCGUCCGUGGGAUUUUCAAGCUGAGGAAUGUGCUUUGAGAGCCAACAUUGAACGUUUUAAUAGUCGCAGAUAUGAUAAAAAUCCAAGUAAUCCUGAUUUUGCUCCAGUGGAUAACUGUUUGCAGAGUGUACUAGGACAGCAGCUGGUACUGCCAGAGGAAUUCCAAAUGAACUAUGACCUAUGGCUUGAGAGGGAAGUAUUCUCAAAGCCAAUCAGCUGGGAGGAGCUUCUUCAGUAAUUUCCAACUCCAUUCUGUAUCAUAGUCAAUCAUUCUGUAACUGUGUAAUAAAUUAAUCACUGUC